UCGCGAUUCAGCGACCACCAGUUUUUCUAGCUUCCAUUGAGGUCUGCACAACUCUCAUCCACUUCCCAUGCUGAACCGGGAAACCUCAAGCCAAUGGACGGUGUGAAUGGCCUCCAUGGUUCACCCAAUUGCGUUCGCAAUGGACCCCAACGCGGCGUCAGGCCCUGAGCAGCCUACUACAACGGGAAAGAGAGAGAAGAGAUUUCAAUGUCAGCAUUGCCGGAGAAUGUUUGCACGCUUGGAACACCUUCAGCGACAUGAACGCAUUCAUAGUGGCAUUAAGCCAUUCAGAUGUCAAAAGUGCAACUAUUCUUUUACAAGAAGUGACUUGUUAGUACGGCAUGAACGCCUUACUCACCACAAGGAGAACCAUCAGAAGGGUAAAAUGGGCCAAGCUGAGAGCCACAGCCCCAAGGAAUCGCGAACUCACAAACGUCCUCGAACCAGCCUUGAUGCUGGGCGACCCGUGUCGGAUAUCCCCACCCUGUUGCCCCCCCUUUCUCCCGCCGACAGGGAGUCGCCAUCGAUGAGCACGCACCGUUCGACGAACUCUACUGGACUUCAAAGGAUUGCUUGUCCGCAAGAGUUCUCGCUUGCAACAUUAUCCAUGGCUGCCGAGUACCAGUCCUUGCGUGGGACUGUGACAGAUGGAGCCGCUCAUCAUCUGACGCUUCCUCACUCUAGACCCGCUGACAUGGUGGCCACAUCGGUUGUGCAGCAAGCCGGCCCCAUGAGUGACGCAGAUGCUCACCAGCCGAGUCUAUGGGACUCUGGGGAUGGCAUGGCGGCCUUACUCGGUACUGAACUUUUAUCGUCCUAUCAGUUCCCGUCGUUGAUCAACACUGAGCAACCGAUGCCAUUCUUUUCUCCGGAGGCGCUAAGCCACCACAGCUACGAUGUACACUCUCCGCAUCACGAUAACGCCCCUUCUGCUGAUACAGGCCUCAACGGCUCCGCAGAGGAGACAAGCUCAUUCUCGCGCUUUGGUUCAAGACUUCCAUCAUUGCAACCGGAAGAGCGGCCCCAGGCGGACGCUAUGAAGCGUCGAUCGCUCGCUGAUGUCUCGCUUCAAGACCGCCAAAAGCUUGUGCACAAGUUGGAGGAGUUUUCCGCCAUUUUACCGGCUGAUUUCCGUCUUCCAAGCAGGCUCGCGUUGUGCAGGUAUAUCGCCGCUUAUAUCAAGGGUUUUCACGAGCAUAUGCCAUUCCUUCACAUCGUCACCAUGUCUAUUGAGAGUUGUCACGUCGAACUCAUCCUAGCCAUUGCUGCUGUUGGGGCUCAGUACACUUUCGAAGGCGAGAAGGGCGUUGAACUUUUCAAUGCCAGCCGAGCUAUCGCAAACUACCGAAUACGCAGAAGGGAUGCGCAACUCGUGGAGCACUAUCGUUGUGCAGAGUCAGAAUGUUCAUCCUCUCACGAACCUGAUACUCAGUCCGUAAUGCGAAGCCCUCCUGAAUCAGGCUUCUUGGCUGGCCGUGCUUCUGAAGGCGACGACCUCAUGCAGACCGCGCAAGCACUCCUUCUUCUCAUGGCUCUCUGCACCUGGGCAAAGCACAAGGAAAUCCUGCGUGAAGCACUCGCAAUCCAGAGCAUACUGGCGACACUGAUCAGAGAUGAUGGUCUCCAGAACGAGCCACUCCAAAACUCGCUUUCGUGGGCAGACUGGAUCCGACGAGAGUCGAUUAAAAGAACCAAAUUCAUAGUAUAUGGAUUUUCGAAUUUACACUGCAUUGUAUACAACAUUCCACCUUUUAUUCUGACUUCCGAGGUCAAGCUCCCGCUUCCCUGCAGAGCUGCGGCUUUCAAGGCCGCUACCGAGGCCGAAUGGAAAGAGGCAAUGAAAAGCAGUCCACCCGAACUCCAGUUUCAGGAGGCGCUACAAAAGUUAUUUUCAACGAGUGGCUGUCAAGUCACAGAACUGAAUUCCAGUGCUGGCAACUACGCGUUGAUUCAUGCCCUCAUCCAACGCAUUUUCUUCGUCCGUCAGGUUGCCCAAGGUCGCUUUGAUGGUGCAGGGGACAUCGAUCCUGAAGAAAUCGCUUCUCUGGAGAUGGCACUGAGAAAUUGGCAGACAGGGUGGAAGCAUAACCCGGAGUCUUCUCUCGACCCGAUGAGUCCAAAUGGUCCGGUCGCCUUCAAUUCGACAGCUCUGCUCCGUCUGGCUUAUAUUAGACUAUACGUGGAUACCGCAGGUCGAGCGCUUGAGACACGCGACCCUCUGUUGAUCGCUAACGCCUUUCGACAUGGUCCCGCCAUCAAGCGGUCGCCGAAGAUCACGAGAGCCGUUCUUCAUUCGGCUCAUGCAUUAAGCAUUCCCAUAAAGAUAGGUUAUCGACUAGUCGCUAAGACUCAGUCGUUCAUCUGGUCAAUCCAACACUCCCUGUGCACACUGGAGUGCGGUUACCUGUUGAGCAAAUGGCUGGAGGCCCUCUCCGUUCCGGACCCCGAGCCUGCCGUCACCGAGGACGAACUCCGUAUAGUGGCGAUCGUGAAAGAUAUGCUGGACGAGACAGAAUUUGCCCCGCAUUCCGCUAUCGCCGUAGGAUCGUCAUGUUACAUGCGAAGCCUCAGCGCCGGCGUCCUCAGGGUCUGGGCUACAAUCUUCAAGGGCUCACAAACGUGGGCCAUUGUUGAUGUUAUUGGGAGUGCCCUGAAUAUCUAUGCUCAGAUGUUGGAGUCUGGUUGAACGCCGUUUAAGAUUUCGAGAAUUUCUCCCCAUAUGAA